GGCCCGUGGAGCAUGCUUAGCGAGUGACACGAGAAAAUACACAGCAUUACUAUACCGGCCCCAUUAACAUUGGUAUCGUUUUCAAAAAUGUUCCGAAUUGGAUUAAAAUUACCCGUUAAUGGCCUCAACCUCAAUCGGAUUCAAAAACAAGGCUGUCAAAGACUGUAUAUUACAAGCAGGUCAUUUGAGACAAAAUCUAGAACCCACGAUGAAAAUAGAUUAUUCAAAAAUGAUACACUUUCAACAAGGUUAUCUGCUCAUAAGUAUUCAUCAGAUUCAAGAAGUGGGAAAUCUGGAGGCAGUACAGGCACCUUAGUCACACUUGGAGCAAUAACUCUAGGAGCUGUUGGUAUUUUAACUUAUGCCAAAAAUGAUAAAGAAUUCAGAGCAACAUUGGAAAAUUGGUUACCAGGAACCGACAGAACCAUCCAAAUUAUUUUCCAAGAAGAAGAAAGUUAUUUAGAUCAUCUUCUAAACUUUUUUACAUCACUAAAAAACAAAAUUUUAGAUAUGCUCUUUGGCAAGGAUCCUAACAUACCAGACAAGGUGGCUACAACUGUAGAUCGCAAGAAUUUAGAAGAAUUUAAACCGCCACGAUCUGCUUUUGAACCAUCUGCUUUGCAACUUACACCGCCACCUCCAAAAAAACCUACACCAGAACUUAGAGUUAGUAAAGACGAAGGAGAAAAAAUUGAAACUGUGGUGGAAAAAUCAGUUAGUGUUCCUGUGGCACAGCCAAUAGAAAGCAAAACAGCAGAUCUACAUGAACUGGAAAGAUUUGCUGGAGAACUUGCAAAAGAUGCCAUUUCAGGCUUUCAACAGGCAGCAGUUGCUGUUCAAGAUUACAACAAAGAUGUCCUGAGUGUUGUAGAAAAUUCUGAUUCUAAAGUAGGAAAUCAGAUUUGGGACAAAUUGAAAGUCGCGUCAGAAAAAAGAAAGAAAGCUUUGAGUGAAGCUGAAAAAAAAGCUGAUGAAGCAGUUACAACUUUAAAGAGAUUGGAAAAAGCAGUUGAUGAUCCCAAACUUGAAGCCACUCAGGGUCAAAAAACAAUUACAAAAAAGAACAUCAGGGAUAUUUUGGCCAAUGUCGACAAAGCUAAAGAUAAAUUUGACCAAGAAGCCGCAAAUUCUAACAUAACUGAAAGAUACUGGAAAAAUGUCAAAGCUGCACGAGAGCAAUUCAAUGAUGAGCUACAAAUUCUCUUCCCUAACAUGAACAUUAAUGACAAGAAAUUUGCUGUUACUGAAGAGGCAUUCGAUUUGUUUGUUUUACACAUGUACCAUAAAGUAGCAUUCUUACAGAAAGAAUUAGAAAAACUACAGACUGUUGCCGAUGCAAAAAUACAAACUGCUUUGAAAACGGAAGGUGAUCAAGAUAAAAUUCAACAAGCAAUCGACAACAAAGUUUCGAAAGAAAAGCGAAAUCUACAAAAGGAGUUUGACAAAAAGUUGUUGGCCGAGCGCAAGGUGCUGGACGACGAGCUGAGGCGCCAGCUGAUGCUGCAGGCCCAGGUGCACGCGGACCACAUGCGCGAGGCACUGGGCGCCAAGGACCGCGAGAUGGACCGCAAGAUCGAGCGGGCGCUGAGCGAGCAGAAGGAGCAGGACUCGAGCAAGAGCAAGAAUCAGCUGGCUGCGGUCAUCGGCAGGCUGCGCGGACUCGACGAGGCCAUCAAAAGUCGAAUGGAGGCCGAGAAGGAUGCAAACGAGGCUCAGCUUAUGUGGGGCGCGUGCCAGUCCCUGGCCAGAGCCGUGAAGGCGGCGCCGCCCGGCACCAAACCUCAGGAGUCCCUGAGACCACUCGACGCGGAGAUUCGAUCCAUUGUCAAGGCAGCUCCUGAAAAAGACGCCUUCGUGCAAGCUACGAUCAAGGGAAUCCCCGAGGAGGCCGUAAAGCGCGGAGUCUAUCCCGAAGACGCGCUCAGGGAGAGGUUCAUAAAGGUGGAGCAAAUGGCCCGUAAGCUGGCCCUGGUGCCGGAGGAGGGCGCCUCGCUGCCCAUCUACCUGCUCAGCUAUCUGCAGAGCUUCCUGCUGGUCAAGGCGGUCAGUCCCAUUCCCAAGCACGAGCUGGACGAUCAGCCGAUCGACGCCGAGUCCCUCAACACCUACGAGGUGCUGCAGCGAGCCAGGUACUGGCUUGACCGCGGCGACUUCAAAAUGACGUUACGCUACAUGAAUCUUCUCAAAGGAGCGCCUCGCAGCGUCGCCCGAGAUUGGAUGAACGAGGCGCGAAUAUUGCUCGAGACGCAGCAGGCCAUCGAGUCGCUCGUCGCCUACGCCGGUGCCAACAGUCUCGUGUUCAUGGGCGGCGGCGAGAACAGCGACAAGAAGAAAUAAAUGCCCGAGAAAAUAAAGAGAGAAGCAUGAAAAAAAAAAGUGCAAAAAACACGCAAACACACCAAUGGAACAUUUGUACAUUCAAAGAGAAAAAAAAAAAAGACAAAAAAUUUGUUACACAAUGAUCGGAUAUUUAUUUUUUUUUUAAUCGAAACAACUGCUGCUGAUUAUUAUGAUAAAAAUGUCACUCUUUCGCGAAUAAAUAUGCGAUCGUUUUGUCGUGCAUCGAUGAGCAACAUUCUCGAAUCUAUUUAUUAUUAAAAAAAAAUUUACCGACGACGGUUGAAAAUUGUUUUGUAGGUGCGCGUAGAGCGCGCUUCGAAUUGUCAUCUAGUUUACUUAGAAUUAAGUAAAUGUUGUAUCGAAUGUAAUUAACAGAAUUUUUAGUAGAUAUAUUUACAUUGUCCAACAAGA